UGUUUAGGAUUUAGAGUUUUGGCUAAUUUUUCAAUUAUUUCCCUUUAAUAGGAAGAUUUUUCUUCUGGGUUCGGCGAUUUUCGUGCCAUUGCUUUACUAUUACGCCAGUUUUCGCUGCUCGUAACAUGUCAUUGUUUUACCACAACAAGAAGAAGAAGAAUGUUUGAAAAAACCAAGAAGGUCAUGAAGGGCUCCGUCAGUGAAGAAGACAUCUCCACUCUCCUACAAAGGUAUACGGCGACGACAGUGCUUGCACUGCUUCAGGAAGUGGCGCAUUGCCCUGAUGUUAAGAUCGAUUGGAACACGUUGGUGAAGAAUACUUCAACUGGGAUUUCUGAUGCUAGGGAAUAUCAGAUGCUAUGGCACCAUUUAGCCUAUCGCCACGCUUUGCUCGGUAAAUUGGAAUAUGGGGCAUCUCCUCUGGAUGAUGAUAGUGAUUUAGAAUAUGAAGUUCAAGCUUUUCCCACAGUUAGUAGUGAAGACUUGACAGAGGCUGCAGCAUGUGUGAAGGUACUGGUUGCCUCUGGUUUACCAAGUGAGUCUAGUCUCCCAGCUAGCUCAAUAGUUGAGGCUCCAUUAAUUAUAAAUAUUCCUAAUGGUCCGUCAUCUAGGGCUUCUUCCGAAAAUUUAGAAGCCACUUGUUCAAUGCAAGGAAGGAACAUUACUGUUCCUGUUUCUAUUCAGAAACUGCCCCUUCCUGCAGCCACACCUGCUGAAGGAUUGGAUGCGAAUGGAUCAGCCAGUGGCAGCAUGCCUACUCGUAGGAAAAGAAAGCCUUGGUCAGAGGCAGAGGAUAUGGAAUUGAUUGCUGCCGUGCAAAAAUGUGGUGAAGGAAAUUGGGCUAAUAUUUUAAGGGGAGACUUCAAGGGUGAUAGGACUGCUUCACAGCUAUCUCAGAGGUGGGCUAUUAUCAGGAAGCGACGUGGCAACUUGAGUGUGGGACCCAACUACUCUGGGUCACAACUUUCUGAAGCUCGGCGGGCAGCUCAUCAUGCAAUGUCCCUAGCCCUUGAUAUGCCAGUUAAAAACUUAGCAGCAGCACGCCCUGCUGGCACAAAUACACCCAGUAAUUCUGUGCUUCCUCCUAUAAGUACUGCCAGUGGCGUUAUACAAGCCCAAGACCAGACUCAAGAAGGCUGUGACCCUACAAAAUCCUCUCCGAUUGGAUCAUUGGGUUCCAUAGCAAAAUCUCGAGUAUCCUCUAUAAAACCCUCAACAAAGCCUACCAUGGGUUUAGAUUCUGCGUUGAGAGCAACUGCAGUUGCUGCUGGGGCCCGCAUUAUCUCUCCAUCAGAUGCUGCAUCAUUUAUUAAGGCUGCUCAAGCGAAGAGUGUUGUCCAUCUCAAACCCACAGGUAAUUCUUCAGCCAAAUUGCCGAUGCCUAGCGGCAUUUCACUUCAGCCAGAGACUCGAAGUAAUGUACACUCUGUUUGUGCUGGCCCUGAAGCCAAACCAUGUUCCCCUCAUGCGGGCACCGUCACAAAUAUUGCUUCACAUCCUGGUUCAGUACAGGUUGCCUUGCCCAUAGUUCAGCAUAGUCCAUCCACUUUUGCCACAUCAUCGAAUAUGUCAUCUGAACAGACUAAUGCUCUUAUCUCUAGUCUGCCCUCUGAAGUCCUGCCAACGCAAGAGGUUAAGACCACAGAAGAGAUCAAAGUUUCUAGGCCAGUUUAUUCACCCAAAAAAGAAGUUCUAGAAGAUGGAUCUAUUGUUUAUCAAAAUGUAGAGAGAGAGCAAGUUAAAGAAGAUAGAGCGCUUUCACUGGGCAUGAAGGCAGAAUUCAAGAAACAAAGGACUGAUGUUAAAAAUCCUGAUGGUUCUUUGAACACGAAGACAGCGGAAAGUGAUCUCAUAGUCGUUGACAACCAGGCUGAGGCUAGACAAGUCGAAAAUGAUAACUUUAUGAUGGGUUCGCCAGUUAGAGGUAACAGUCAUUCUACUCUUGAGGUGAACUGUGAGAAUCAAGGCAUACAUGAGAAAUGCGCAGAUUCAUUAACAACAAUAUCAGAUGGAUGCGUUGAAAAGCUGGAAGUCUUGUGCAAAAAUGAGGCUGGCAAUGAGAUUGAGGGGGAGAAUAAUGUCAAGUAAUUUGUACAAUUUGUAAAUUUAGAUAUUAAAAAAUAGUGGAAAUUAAAUGGUGAAAUGAAUAUCUUUGUCAAUGGUGUAAA